CGGCUUUAAAACGCUGGGUCACUUCCUCUUGGUUAGACACACUUCAGCAAACUCUAUCAACGGACUUCCUGGGAGCAGCUCUAACCAGUACAUGGAAAUGGAAGACCAUAUGGAAAGCCAGAAGAGAAGAGGACAGAGCAAAGAGGAUUUAAUAUCUGAACGGACUGGAUCUUUGGGAUGCAUUGGUUGGUUUAUAGUCAUUCUGUCUGGACUGUUCACAUUAACCCUCUUUCCCUUCACGAUCUGGUUUUGUUUGAAGAUUGUUCAAGAGUACGAGCGAGCUGUGAUUUUCAGACUGGGCCGCAUCACAGACAGGAAGCCAAAAGGACCAGGAAUUUUUUUCGUUUUGCCAUGCACGGAUUCCUUUGUGAAAGUGGAUCUGAGAACAGUUUCAUUUGAUAUCCCACCACAGGAGAUUCUGACUAAGGAUUCAGUCACUAUUUGUGUGGAUGGAGUGGUGUAUUUCCGCGUCAGUGACCCAAUCGCCUCUGUGGCCAAUGUGACAAAUGCAGACUUUUCUACGCGGCUGCUGGCUCAGACCACCCUCAGAAAUGUCCUGGGUACUAAGAACCUUGCAGAGGUGUUAUCAGACCGUGAGGGCAUCGCUCACAGCAUGCAGUCCAAUUUGGAUGAAGCCACCGACAACUGGGGCAUCAAAGUGGAGCGUGUGGAGAUUAAAGAUGUAAAACUGCCACAUCAGCUGCAGAGAGCCAUGGCUGCUGAGGCAGAGGCUGCGCGAGAGGCCAGGGCUAAGGUCAUCGCUGCAGAAGGUGAGAUGAAUGCAUCGCGGGCCCUGAAGGAGGCCUCCCUCGUGAUUGCAGAGUCCCCAUCAGGCCUGCAGCUUCGCUACCUGCAGACUCUGAACACCAUCGCAGCAGAGAAGAACUCCACCAUCAUCUUCCCGCUGCCCAUAGAUGUCAUGGCGCACUUCAUGAAGUGAGGUGGCUUUGUCGACGAAGGAUCAGUGUGCUAAACGGAAGUGAUGAGUGAACAUUUCUGUUCUGCCAAGAUGCAGUACAAAAACUCUUUUUUUUUUUUUUUUACCAUGAGCAUUCCGAGAAGCA